AUGGCAACCAAAUUAGGUCCGAAGCUCAAACCGCACCAGUUUGUCCGGACUCUCCGGGUUACCAAAGCGCAAGAAGGCGUCGUUGACUUUGAGUUAAAAAUUGAGAAAGACCACACCAACCGGCUCAAGAUCAUCCACGGUGGUACUAUCGCUAGUCUUGUUGACCUCGGCGGCUCCCUAGCAGUGGCUUCCCAGGGAUAUUAUGCUACCGGUGUAACCACAGAUCUCAAUGUCACCUACAUUAGCAGCGGGGGCAAGGUGGGGGACACACUGACGGGGACAGCGGUCUGUGACAGGAUGGGGAAGACACUCGCCUACACCACAGUGAUGUUCUGGGACAAGCAGAUGAACCUGGUUGCCAGGGGUAGCCAUACUAAAUUUGUCGCACAAGCCGUUGCUUCAAGCACACCUUUCACUGUCCCUGAAGGAGCACCAGUGGCGGAUGGCGAAGAAUAG